ACCCGCUGCUGCUACUCUGUUAAUUAUCCGUUUAUUAUCUAUCCUGAUUGCCUAGUCACUUUUACCCCUACCUACCUGUACAUUACAUAUUACCUCAAUCACCUCAACUACUUCGUACCCCAGCACAUUGACUCGGUACUGGUAGUCCUUGUCUAUAACUCGGUACUGGUAGUCCUUGUCUAUAACCUCAUUAUUGCUAUUUUAUUGUGUUACUAUUUCCUAUUUAUUUUUGCUAUUUUUCUUACUAUUUAACUCUGCAUUGUUGGGAAAGGGCUCGUAAGACCACACCUGUUGUAUUCGGCCCAUGUGAUUAAUAUAAUUUGAUACUUCGAUAAUUCAAGAAAAUAUCAAUGCAUAGAAAAACACAUACAGUACAUUCCCAUCACCAAAAUGCUUUGUCAUGCUGAUAUUAAUUGACCAGGUGGAUGAGUUCUUUCCAACAAUUCACACAUUUUAAGUGUAGAAUUAUUACACAGUGCCCUCUGGAUUGGUAGUAAUAAGCACCGGGAUAAAAAACCCAUGAUACAACCAACCCAUGAUACAACCAACCUAUGAUACAACCAACCCAUGAUACAACCAAACCAUGAUACAACAAACCCUGGUCUCCCCUAAGUAGCCUUGCAUGAGCGAGCCGGAACAGCUCAUAGGAGAGCAGGAGCUUAUCUCCUGUGUCUGUAGCGUGAAGCAGCUUGAUGUACAAGUAUAGCCCCUGGAAAGUAUGUGGCUAUUCUACAGCAGAGCCUUACCCCCCAAUUAUAUCUCCUUAAUGCUACCUGCCAAGCAGAGACACAUCAGGUCCCAUUUCCACAGUCUUUAGUAUGAAUCUGCCUGGGAUCAAACGCUCAACCUUCCGAUCUCAGGGUGGACACUCUAACCACAAGGCCACUGAGUUGACGCUGUUAUUACAACUUCAUCUACAAACUACUUGCAUGUAUGUGAAAACAUAAACAUGGAUUUAAAGUAAAUCUGCUGUGUGUAAGUCUAGCAAUAUUUAUGAACGGGAGCUUAUAAAACAGAUAUGCAUGCAUACUGUAUGUAACCUCUCUGUCACGUUACUAUUAAAAACAGACAAUUGUCAUUCUGCAAAACACCUGUGCAAAUGAACAGAAUAUGGUUAUGCAGGACAGAUGAGUGCAUGCUCUUUCGAAAAGCAUAGUAAGAUGGUCAUGGAAGUCUAGUGCAAUAUAAGAACUGUACGGUAUAUUGCUCUCCAAGUCUGCAUUCUCCAUGAACUUGACAUGAAACUGACAUUGUACCAUGUAUAAAUGACACACCACUGAAAAUGACUUAUGGUCUCAUUCAACAUUUGGGAAAGGUAGGCAAAUUCAUAUUUCUUAGUAGUAGUAUAUACAUAGAUAUGACAAAACUCCACAUUUUAGUCACAAUUCACACCUAUCAAGCCUGACUCAUCAUAACUGGAGAAGAGCUUACCUUCAGUGCAAGGGGGAAGUCCCAGAAAAUGCAUUGUGGUUGCACCCAAAUCAGCCCCUUACUCAAAUACAUGUAGCCCAAGGUCACUGCAAGAGGGGCACAUUUCAAGCUGAGGUCCUCAGAUGUCUUUCUUCUCUCUGUAGGUAAGUCAUACGAUAUUGUGUUUUAUUACAUUGGGCAUUAUUAUUACAUUCCAUGAUGAGAUGUAUUUUUAGUUACAAGUGAGCUGGUUAAUGAGUAAGCUGUUCAUGGUUUAUAACUUUUUAAAAGAUGGAUGUUGUCUUUGAUUAUUCAUAGAACACCUGGGAAUGGUAUUGAAGGAGAACAUAAUUAUUUAAAUGUUUACUUAUCGGAUAUGCAGACUUAAAGAUCAACAUCAUGCCUUGAAUACAUGACUUACAUGGUGUAAGCAAUGAGCCAUUGCUUAUGCUAUAGAGUGUUACACCAACAAAGACACCAUUGAUCACAUCAUGUGUGGUAAAAGGACUGAAUAAUCAGUAAAGGCGUAAAAUGCUAUUGUUGGAGAGUGAUUUAGGCAAAUUCACAGAUAAGAACAAAUGUACAAGUCAAUUUUAUGAAGUUGAAGACCAAGGCGAGGCGUAGCUUUAUUUGUAGAGCGUGUCAUUUCUCCAGCUCAGUGAUUUUGUGCCCAGUGGAGCACAGCGCAGUAUGCCUCUGUCAAGUAAAGUGCAUUUAAAUCUUUGAAGUUGUGUAUAGAGGCUUGUCCUCUCUUCUGAUACCUUCUAGAGUUACUUGGACAGAAUAAUAUACAGUACAUGAGUAAUUCAUCAAUUUGUUUGUUUGAGCCUGCUUGUCUGCCUGUAGACGAACCUACACCAUCUAAAAGUAAAGAAGAAAAAUAGAACACAAAAUCUAAGGAAGUCCAUCAUAAAGUCAUGUAAAAUCUGGACGCCUAACACCCCCAAAUCAACUUGAUUCGUGUCAGGUUUGAAUCAUUCCCAACCAAGUGACACAAAGCUGAUUACGCAAGGAUUCCAUGAACUGACCCUGAUUUUCCUCUGCCUGACAUUCAAUGAGUCAGAGUGUGAGUUGACACCUGAGCUGAGCCAUGGGGUUUGGCUGUCCUGAGGGUCACUUCUGGGAUGGCUUGGUGAGGAAGUGUCUGACCUGUCAGAUGGUCUGCCAGCAGCCUCACCACCACCUCAGAUGCAUCGAGUACUGUGUUUCUCUAGGGUGUAAGGCAGUCCCAGGGCAGUACUACGACAGGCUGUUGAAGAAGUGUCUGACGUGUGCUGUUGUGUGUGGCAACCAUCCCUCAGAGUGUUCCCACCAAUGUCAGACCCAACAGCCUGACUUGAGUGCAACCCUGAGGCCUGUGGAUGGGACAGUCUUCCAGAACCCUACCACCAAGGGGGGCUCCCUACUCAGUGGUGUGCCUAACUCAGUCAUCCUGGUGUACUCUCUGCUGGGCUUUUGUCUGGCUCUGCUGCUGUUGACCCUGUCUUUGGCCCUGCUUGUGCUGCUGAGGAGGGCCAGUGCCAGAGGUCCCCGACCAGGGGCCACACAGAGCAGUCCCACCCAGGGCCGUGGAAGCCAGGAGGCCCAAGAGCCUAACCAGCACAGCAAGUCCUCCAAAGACAACCUGAUGGAUCCAUCCCUGCCCAAGCUGAACAGUGUGACAGCGGGCCGUUCGUCCAGCCCAAUAGAGACCUGUGUGUGUGUCCACUGCUUCCCUGACCUCAGAGUGCCUGGCAGAGGUGAGAAGCAGCAGAGACCCCAUCUCACCCUCUACCAGCAGGCUGUCUCCCAGGACCUCCACACUCCUACUAGACGACUCACUUGUGGAUCAUCAGAAAAAAUAAUCUGCUCCCCCUCUCAGCCUAGCUUCUGACAGGAGCAGAACUGAAACCGACUGGACACUACGGCAAUCAUAGAAAUCCUAUUAAAUUACUAGAGGGGCUAUGUCAUAAACCCUCAAAGUUCCAUAAUGGGGUGAAAAUGGCAGCAAUCUUGGUCAGGGAGAAAUAGAAAACCAGUCUAAUUGGAAUGAAUGACAGAGGCAUAGGUGGUGCAUUUCCUGCUUUUACUGAUGCAGGAAAAUAAAAGUAAGGCAGGUGAUGUAUUAGAAAUUGUGUAAUGUAAUUAUACUCAACCUAAAAUAGUGUUGUAAUUCUAAAAACAUUUGAUACUGGUUUUAUACCAAUUUUCUGUACAAAUACCUUCUAAAAUACAUGUAAACAGACCAUACGUCUUAGUUUUCUUGAAAAACGGUGUGCUACUCUAUGAUAAAAUAUCAGUACUUGUUGCAUUUAGGUCUCAGUCAUAUCAUCAACUGAUUUGAGCCAAUGUAUAGCUGUGUAUUGUCUGCCUUGUUUGAAUGGAAUGUUUGCUUGUUGGCAGUUAAUUAGACACAUUUAUGGUGUCAUUCCUCAAAAACUGGUUGGCCAGCUAGCUAGCAAACACCCAUACUGUCAUGUUUCACCUGUCCUUGUGAUUGUCUCCACCCCCUCCAGGUGUCGCUUAUUUUCCCCAGUGUAUUUAUCCCAGUGUUUCCUGUCUCUUUGUGCCAGUUCGCCUUGUAUGUUUCCAAGUCAACCAGCGUUUUUCCCGUUCUCCUACUUUUUGCAUUCUCCUUUUUCUAUUCCUCCUGGUUUUGACUCUUGCCUGUUUCUGGACUUUGUACCCGCCUGUCUGACCAUUCUGCUUGCCUUGACCAUGAGCCUGUCUGCUACUCUGUACCUCCUGGAGUCUGAUCUGGUUUUGACCUUUUUGCUUGUUCACGACCAUUCUCUUGCCUACCCCUUUGGAUUAAUUAACAUUGUAAGACUCCAACCAUCUGCCUACUGUGUUAGCAUGUUGGUUUCACCUUGUGCCUUGAUACACACAGAGCGGAUCAAUUCUUCACAUUCAUUGUUUUAUCUUAUCACAGCACUGGCAAACCAAGGUUGACCAUGACCAUCAUGGCUGACCUUUGGACCAUCAUGAGGUUCAUGGCCAUUCUAGUAUAAUCGCAAUAAAACCACCCUAGACAGAUGACACGCCCACUCCGGGGUAGUUUCCCCUAGGUACAGAUCUAGGAUCAGCUUGCCCUCCACAAUCCUAACCUGAACCAUUAGGAGGAAAAAAAACAAUAACUCUAAACUGUCCCAAGAUCAGCCACAUCUAUGGUGAACUUCACCUGGCCUACACCAUGCAGACCAGAAACAACUGUGAUGUGAGAAGUCUGGAGAGCAGAAAUGAAAUAGGUGGUAAAGGAUACACAAUAAACGGUAUUGAGGGAGUAACAGAGAACAUGAUUUAUGCCUGUAUGUACUCACCCCAAAUGACACCCGCUGCAUCUCUCAGGAGACAUUCACAUGUGGGUGGCCUCCUUGUGCCAUGAUUCAGCAAAGACCUCCAGUAAGUCUUGUAGAAGUUAAUAAAACCCUGACGCACACGAGA